AUGUUGCUGAUGGAUUUUUUUACCAGAAGUGGUUUUCCUGGUGUGGUUGGUGCUGUGGAUGGGACACACAUACCUAUCCCUGGGCCUUCUUCACACAGAGACUCCUAUAUUAACAGGAAAAGUUUUCCAAGUAUACAGCUACAGGCAGAUUGUGAUAGUAACCUUGUCUUCCGAGACGUAUAUGCCGGUUGGCCAGGCUCAGUUCAUGAUGCCCGAGUCUGGAGAAACUGUCCUUUAAGCCAGAUUCUUCCAUCACUGCCACCAAACCAGCAACUCCUGGGACACUCAGCCUAUCCCCUGUCUGUAAACUUGCUGGUGCCAUUUCGUGACAAUGGGCAUCUAAGUUGCAUUGAAAAGAAGUACAACAAGAGUCACUCCUCAACAAGAGUUGACAUUGAACGUGCAUUUGGCCUCCUUAAGUGUAAAUUUAGGAGAUUACAAUUUCUUGACAUGCACCUGUUCAAUGAAAUACCAAAUGUUAUUGUAGCAUGCUGUGUGCUACAUAAUUUCAUUUUACUGAAUGAAUCUUUUGACGGUGAGGAGUUUGAUAUGCCAGAUGAUACUUCCUGUCCACUAGCUGAUGACAAAUAUUCAGGACAAGUUGCCUUUGACAAACGUCUUGAGAUUGCAAACUUGUUGGUGUGA